AAACUUGGUUUGUUUAGGACUUAAAUAUGAUCUGCAUGGAGUUGACAAAGUAGUUCAGUGUCAGAUACAGAAGCUGCAAAAUCGGCGAGAAUAUGACUGCAAAAUUGUUUAUCUUACUGCUGCUGGUUCUUCUUGGCCAAUCGGCACGUUUGCCGAAGAAACCACUUCGACCAUUACCACAACAAUUUAUUGUGUUUCCUGAUAAAAAUGGCGUUUACCAAAUAAGUGAAGAGCACAUGGCACUGCUCACACCUGGUAUAUAUCGAGUCGAGAGCCCCAGCAACGCCAUGGGUCAGCUGAUUUUUAAUUAUGAUGCAGCUCGUCAGAACUAUACAAAGGAGGAAAUCUGUAAAUUUCCGCCAUCUAGCAUUACGACUGAUCAUGAUCUUAGCGGACAAUGUUUGGCAGCUUGUGUAGGUUAAAAUAAUGUACUACUUAGUUUGAAAGCAUUUUAAAAAUUGUGCUUAAGCAUAUAAAUGUAAAUACAGAUGAUUUUUAUGUAUUGU